GCAGGAGCAAAGGUGACUUAGAUGCUUGUUUCUCUGUAACUUGUAAUACCACCAGGCAGGAUUCAUGCUAAAGAUUGUGGAAUAAUGUAGGCUGGAAGGGGCCUUCAGAGGCAGCCGCGACCAGUCCCCUGCCCAGAGGUGGGCUCACCUCAGAGUUACAUCAAGUUACCUGAGAUCUCCUCUAGUCCAGACUUUAACUGGGCUUCCUGAAAGGUUAAUUACAUGUAACCUGUGUACACAACUGAAAGCCUUCUGAGGAAUUUGCCAGGAUGAAGCCUGUCAUUGUGGUUCAUGGUGGAGCUGGCCGGAUCUUUAAAGAACGAGAACAGGGAAGUCGUGAUGGUGUUAUCAGAGCUGCACUGCGAGGUUAUGGUAUCCUGAAACAGGGAGGCAGUGCCUUAGAUGCAGUUGAGGAGGCAGUACGAUCAAUGGAAGAUGAUCCUCAUUUUAAUGCAGGCUGCGGAUCUGUUCUAAAUGAAGCAGGUGAAGUAGAAAUGGAUGCCAUUAUCAUGGAUGGAAAAAAUUUAGACUCUGGAGCAGUAUCUGCAGUUAAAUGCAUAGCAAACCCAAUAAAACUUGCUCGACUUGUCAUGGAAAAGACGAAGCACAUGCUGCUGACUGACCAUGGUGCACACAUGUUUGCUCAGGCCAUGGGUAUUCCUGAGACUCCAGGAGAAAAACUCAUAACCGAGAGAUCCCGGGAGAGAUGGAAGAAGAACCUUGAGCCAGAUUCCAACCCUGAAGAGUUUCAGAAAGACCUCGGAACAGUCGGUGCUGUUGCUAUAGACAGUGAAGGCAAUGUAGCUUGUGCAACAUCUACUGGAGGACUUUCUAAUAAACUGAUUGGCCGUGUUGGUGACACAGCAUGCAUAGGAAGUGGAGGUUAUGCUGAUAAUCAUUCUGGUGCCACUUCAACCACAGGACACGGGGAGAGCAUUAUGAAAGUGGUCUUAGCCCGGCUGAUCCUCUAUCACAUGGAGCAAGGAAUGUCACCGGAGAUGGCUGCUGACACUGCAUUAGACUACAUGAAGACGCGAGUUGGAGGCUUGGGGGGUGUUAUUGUUGUUAACUGUUCAGGAGAGUGGGCAGCAAGGUUCUCCACCAAGCAGAUGUCCUGGGCUACUGUGAAGGAUGACCAGCUGCAUCAUGGCAUUUAUGCUGGGGAGAGGCAUACAAAAUCUGUUGAUGAAGCACUUGCAUCUGAAAGUGGGGGAUUCUGAGAAUGAAGAAACAUCAGCUGAGGAAGAAUGAAGACCUGCUUUUUUAGCUGGAGGAGAAUGACAUUUGAUUUCAUCUUUCUGAAAGAUCUGUAAUCUUUCGAUUGGUUCACAGGCAU